AUGGGAGACUCGUUCGUAAUAGCCAUAGACUUUGGAACUACAUUCAGUGGAUAUGCUUACAGUAUGACACCCAGAGAGGAAGAGGCUGAUCCCUACAUAAAGUACUGGGGUGAAGAGGUUGGAAAAGAGACACCAAAGACUCCAACCUGCAUUCUGUUCAACGAACAAGAAGAAUUUCUCAAGUUUGGUUAUGAAGCCAAACGGGCUUAUGAUAGAAUGCGGGGUGAGGAAGCCAGAAAGAAGUUAUUCUUCAACUGCUUCAAGAUGUCUCUUUAUGGCAAAAAAGUCACCAGUGAUCUGACAAUCAAAGCUGCUAAUGGGAAGUCAGUGAAGGCCUUGAAGGUGUUUACAGAAGCACUGAGAUACUUGAAGGACGACGCACUGAAAACCAUCUCAGAUCAUGCAGCUGACAGGAGGUUCAUAGCCUCUGACUUCACCUGGGUGUUGACUGUACCUGCAAUCUGGGAUCCUGCAGCAAAGCAGUUCAUGAGAGAAGCUGCAACUCAGGCUGGCAUUGUGACCAAAGGAAAGGAGGACAAGUUGGUAAUAGCCCUGGAGCCAGAGGCAGCCUCAGUCUUCUGUAAGACGCUACCAGCUGAAGGUUUCAUAGCUGAAAACCAGGGAGAAGACAAACUUGAUCAGUCUCCUGGAACACAGUACAUCGUUGUCGACUGUGGAGGUGGAACCAUUGACAUCACAGUACAUGCAGUCCUGAAUGGAGGGAAACUGAAAGAGCUGCAUAAGGUCUCUGGCAAUGAUAUGGGCGGACAAACUGUGGACAGGAAAUUCAAAGAGUUUCUCAGAGAAAUCUUCUGUGAUGGUGUCUGGGAUGAAUAUGAAAGAAAGUAUCCCAGUGAUGUUCAGAAAAUGAUGUAUGACUUUACAGUUUUCAAAAGACAUGAUGAUGAUGUGGAGAUUGGCUGCCCAUAUACAUUGGGUAGAGUAGCUCAGGAAGUAAAAGAUGUGGAAAAGUUCUUUGAACAGGUACAAGGCGCCUCCUGGAAUGACGGGUCAAUCAACAUCUCCAGAGUAAAACUGAGGUCUUUCUUUGAUGAGAGUCUAAAAAGCAUCACCACAAGUCUCACAGAAAUCUUGAAGGCAAAUUCCAACAUAGAAUACAUUCUGUUAGUGGGGGGUUACGCUGAAAGCCAGAUUCUGCGUAAACACAUUAAAGAUCAGUUUGGUCGUCACUGUAAAGUUCUGUGUCCUACUAGGCCCCAAGAAGUGAUCAUGAAGGGAGCUGUAAUGUUCGGAAGAAACCCAGAGGUUCUGGCAUCUCGAAAAAGUGCCUUUACUUAUGGGAUUGAGAUGAGAGAUAGAUUUGAUGCGUCCAAACACAAGGAAGGCAAGAAAUUAACACAUUCAGGUAGUGACUGGUGCAAGGAUAUCUUUAAUAAACUGGUAGAAAUAGGUGAAGAUGUGGGCUGGGAUGAACCCAGAGAGUACACAUUUGGUCCUGCAGAAGAAAAACAAAGUGCAAUGACGAUUGCAUUCUAUUGCACAGAAGAAAAAAAUCCAGCAUAUGUGGAUGAUGAUGGAGUGAGCAAAAUUGGCUCAUUUGUGGUCAACAUGCCCAACACUGAAGGUGGCAUGAACCGUCAAGUCAAACUGGAGGUCAAGUUUGGAUUCACAGAAAUGAAAGCCAUGGCCACCGACCUAGAUUCUGGGUCAACAGAAUCAGUUGAGCUCAACUUCAUAACUAAAUCAUGAAGAUGCUUCUGAUAUUUUACUGAGCAC